AUGGGAGCCGACCCCUUCCUCGCGCAGCAGGCGCUCCGCGUGGUGGGCCACGUUGAGGACGAAGCCGGCGAAGCGGACGCUGCGCGCAAGCUCGAAGAAGAAGCUGACGAGGAAACCAACGUCAACGACUACGAGAGCAGCCUCAUGCGCCGCCACAGGGAGAGGCUGAGGAGGGAGUGGGAGAAGAACCACGCUCUGCUCCGGGAGUGGGUGGAGACGAACGGGCACCUGCCCAGCAAGGAUGAGUCCGCGGUCCUCUUCUACUGGAUGCACUACCAACGGGUCAAGAGAGCCAAGCUCGCGCCUGACCAGGUCGCCAAGCUGCGCGACCUCGGCAUCGUCCCCUACCGUUCCAGGAGGAAAUAG